CUACAAUCUGCCAUAAUUCCUCUUUGAUAUACCGCCUCCUCCCGACCACCUGUCCCCUUGGUUGUAUGCUACUCUAUAUUGCAUUCCCUUUCGGUGUCUGAGAGCAGCUUUCUUCUUCUUGUUGUUCCAUCUGUUUUUUUCUUUUUUGCCGAGCUUGGAACCUUAUUAAGUUCGUUAACUACCCACUUUAUUCAUUAGUCUUGGAAGGUUCAUCUGAUUUUGGGUUGCCGACGCAGACGAAGAUAUUUUUUUUUUGGCUGCACCCCAAACUGCCAAAACACCUCGCGCCAUGGACUCGAUGAGAUCUCUCAAUACGUCUCUGCCAGUUUCGUCGCCUCGUCCAAACUAUGGACAGCCUCCUGAGCAGCUGCUCCAAGCGUUCAAAACUGCAGCCCUCUCCGUGACAAACCUCUACAAAACCGCCGUUUCUGACCAAGCAAAUGCCCGCCAAACUGGAUACCAAGAAGCUCUGGAAGACCUUCGCGCUUUUCUCGACAGGGAAAAGAUUGGGUUGAGUGAUGGGGAAGGGUCGAAAGUGCGAUGUUGGGUCGCAGAGCGAAUAGAUGGAACCGCCGCCGCCACCUCUUCGAUGGAUAGUGACGAUGAGCGAGGAGAGGUCGACAGCAAACGAGAGCGGAGUAUAUCCCCAACCGUCACGAGAAAACAGACUCCGGACGUUAAUCAUACAUCCCAAGCACCUAGAGCCACCUCUCCCCCGCGGCAAGAAACCAGUACCCUCCAACCGUCAGCACCCCCUGACUUAUCUACUACACCAUCCAGACCAACCACCUUCACGUUCACCACUGGACCGCAGUUCCCGGUCCUUCAACAGUCCGAUAUCGACAUGCAAACUUCUGAGUAUGUGCCAGUGACUACUCCUGCAUCCUUGCAACCGGAUUCCUCCCACCUGCCACACUCGUCGACUAUCAAUAGCUCCCCAACCGUCAGGGUUGAAGUAGUUCCUCGAGGAUCAAGAACCCCCCAUCGACUCAAUAACGGUAAUCGACAUAGCGCACGAGCGUCGGCGCGGGAUCCCGUUUCAAACAAUGGAUCCAAGAGAAAAUUCCAUUUUGGAGAUUUUUUUGAUAUCUCCAGUCUUGGGAACGGACGAGAGGCUUUUGGAGGCGGCAAGCGGGGCCGCUUUAUCUGAAGUAAUGGCACGCCGUCAUUUGGGGGCAUAAUAUUGGGUUAGACAGAAUUCCUUGGGAUGGGAUGAUAACGACGGAGCAUUAUUAUGGUUUUCAUUUACUUUUACUUUUUGUUUUGCUUUCUUUUCUUUCUGCUCUUUGCUUGUCUUGUUGUUCGACCCUUUUGUCAUUUAGCUUAGUCUUUAUCCCCACAUCCCCACAUACCCUUUCUUCUGGCUCAUUGUCCCUUUUGUUUCCAACGGCCAACCCAAAGGUCAUAUCAUGAUUAGAAGCAUUUACGGAGUCAGUAUUCUAGCAUUUUCAUACAUUACAUAGAUAGCAUCCAAUCAAGAUACCCAUGACCAGA